CGGAAGUGGCGGCGGCUCGGCCGAAUUCGGCGGCGCCACGUCUGGUUCGGGGUUCCCCUCCCUGCCCGGGGCAGCGGCAGGACCAGGACCAGGACCCGGACCUUCGCCUCUCCCCUCUUCCUCAGCGGCCGGUUCGUAGCGAGGCCUCGGCGGCGGCCGGGCGGGGCAACGGCAACAUGUCGGACCUAGGGGACUGGUUCCGGAGCAUCCCGCUGAUCACCCGCUACUGGUUCGCCGGGUCCAUCGCGGUGCCGCUCGUCGGCAAACUGGGCCUCAUCAGCCCCGUCUACCUCUUCCUCUGGCCCGACGCCUUCAUCAACCGCUUCCAGAUCUGGCGGCCGAUAACUGCAACUUUCUACUUCCCAGUGGGACCUGGGACAGGAUUUCUCUACUUGGUGAAUUUGUAUUUUUUGUAUCAAUAUUCAUCACGACUAGAAACAGGGGCUUUUGAUGGAAGGCCAGCAGAUUACAUGUUCAUGCUCCUGUUUAACUGGAUCUGCAUUGUUAUAACUGGCUUGGCAAUGGACAUGCAGUUGUUGAUGAUUCCACUCAUCAUGUCAGUACUUUAUGUGUGGGCCCAGCUGAACAGAGACAUGAUCGUAACGUUUUGGUUUGGAACGAGAUUUAAGGCCUGUUACCUUCCAUGGGUUAUUCUGGGAUUCAACUACAUCAUUGGUGGAUCAGUCAUCAAUGAGCUGAUAGGAAACCUGGUUGGCCACCUGUAUUUCUUCUUAAUGUUUAAAUAUCCAAUGGAUUUGGGAGGAAGGAAUUUUCUGUCCACACCUCAGUUUCUGUACCGCUGGCUGCCAAAUAGGAGAGGAGGAGUGUCGGGGUUUGGUGUCCCACCUGCUAGCAUGAGAAGAGCUGCAGAAGAUCAGCAGGGUGGUAGAAGACACAACUGGGGCCAAGGUUUCCGGCUAGGUGACCAGUGAAGACCUCCUGCCCUUGGAAAAACAGCAGCUCUUUGGUUUUAAUUGGACGUAGAACCAACCCUUCCUGGUGCAGAGCAUGCUUAAGAACUGAGCUCUCUGUAGUACUGUUGGAUUUCACUGAUUAAAAAGAAUGUUUCUGGUUCAAGAGAAAAUUAAAAACUCUAGAAGGGAAAAAUGUAGAUCUUGCUCCAGGUUAGCCAGUAGUGUCCGAUUUGAUUCUGCCACUGAAAAAAGCCUUCUUUAUAUACAGUAUUUUCUGUCUGUCGCAAUGGGCAUCCGUUAUGCUGUCUUGUUCCAUGAUGUGAUGGAACAAGCUAAUGGUGUUCUGUCUUGCCUGGUAGGUUAAAAGCUUGGUAAGGUAAGAAGCCAGUGUGAGGCAGAUGGAUCCAACUAACCCGAAAGCUUAGGAAGCUGGCUUUUUCCAUAGCUGUGCUUAAGUCCCAGGAUCUCUGGAAACAUUAUUUAAGUGAUAUCUCUCUACUGCGUUCAUAAAGCAAAGUGCAAAUGUCUCAUUUCCAUUAUUAAACUGUGUUUUGAGGGGAGUUUUUUCUUGCUGUGCAGCAUUUGUCCUGCCUGCUACAGCACGGGCUGGGCAAGACUAAGGAGAAGAGGGCUUUUGUUGGAAAUGGCAAUAGCAGGUAUUCACAGAACUGAAAUCUCUGAACCCUUCAUGGCAUGUUACAAGGCUUGCUCUGUUUAAACUGAAGUUAUCUGGCUUGUCUUUUUUCCCUGAGAUCUGUGAAUUCUUGACUUCAACGUUUCUGUUUUGGUUGCAGAAUUGGGUAGCACAAAUACUACUUAAACUAGAAAAUGUAACAUAUCGUUGUGGUUAAUAUAAAGGGUACUGGCUGCAGCGUUAUGUUUGUUAACUGCAUCUUCAACUUUCUCUUAAAAGCUUCAAGACAUUGAAGAAUCAAAGCUGGAAAUAAACUUUUCCAGGGCUAAGAUCCAAUAGAAAGAUGACUUCACUGCAGGACUCUUUCAUUGUCAAAUAACAAAUUACGUACACCAUUUAUCAGUAUCUGUAUUUUUGGGGUGAAACUUUUUGAUGUGGAAAAGGGAAAGAUUCUGUACAGUAGUUUUCCUCAUACUGGGUUCCCGUGGGCAGAGCACAGGGCUAAGCUCCAGGAAGCUGUAAUGCCGGCUUCUUACUGACUCACCACAUGGACUUGAGCAAACUUCUUCCUUAUCUCAGUUUUCCCAGCUGUAAGGAGGACUUGUGCAUGUCUCACAGCAUUCAUAAAAGGUAGCUGUCCCCAACUCCCCUGGGUGGGAGCUGCUACUGAGCAAGGUAAGGCUUAGCUUCACAUAAAUGACAGCUCUUUAGCUAGGGACGCGAUUGCUCUAAGCUUAACCGAGGCUUCUAAGUUGGAAUAUAGUUACUCACUUCUUGGUUUAUAGUUGGGAGAGCAGCAUCGUCAGUAGGAUGAGUUUCAAGUCUCUGACUGAGUUUCCCUUUAGCCUUUGUCUGUCUUUUUACUGGGUAGGUAGGGCACAGAAAGCUGUUCUGUCCCACCUUAGGUUUCUCAGGUAUCUAUAAGUAGGUGAAGUGAAUCUGGGCCAAAACAUUUUUAUAACUACUUUGUUUCUUCACUAAACCUGGGUUCUGAAGGUUUAAAAACUUGUAAAUACUAUGUGAUGUGAAACUGAGUGGAAAAUAAGCAGUCAGACUGGAAGUUUUCGGCUGGCUUGAAAAAAAAUUGCAUGUUCCAUUUCUUCACUGCAACUCAAUUCUGUUGAUUCAGCUUGUGGAAAAAUGUAGAAAACUGGUAACAGUUAUAUUGUGUGCUUACGUUUUACAGGAACUUGGAAUUCAGAAAUCACCUGCCAUUUUUGUCUAUUGAGUGAUGAGUUUUAAAGAUGCUCUUGUCUCUUGAUAUAAAAUGAUAGGUAGAAAAGAGGAUUGCAGUGUUCUCAAUACUAAUCUGUCAUUGUCCGACAGCUGUUAUUUGAUGCUGACUUGAACAGUCUGAGAACCAUCAUUUUUAUAAGAGUCAUGAUGCGGCUGGUCUUUUUAGUCAUAGUAAUAUCACUGUCUUCAAAGCAUUUGUCUUCAUUUUGAGUCAGGACCUAACAGUUAAGUGAAGAUGCAGUAGUUUAUGACUCGGCUAAAGCCCUGGCAUGCUCAUAUUGCAGAACAUCUUUGUCCAGAAGGCCAGAAGGAAGGCGUGAGGGGGAGACAGCACAGCAGAAGUCAUUGUCCUGGCCCAGUGCACCGCUCUGGGUCUUGCUUUCUAGUAUGUUCUCCUUCUCUAAAGAGGAAAACGUCUGCAAGAAAAAUAGACUUCCGAUAAGUCUUGAUUAGCUUUUGAGAUGCUUCAGCUCAAUUUACUUUGGUUUAUGGAAAAUUCACUUCAGAAUCCUGUAUUAUGAGCUUAGUUUGUUCAUUUCUCACUUGCCACUUGACCUGAAGAACUGUUUGUCGUCCAGCAUACACUGACAAUGACAGUCUCUUGUUAAAUGAGUACCUCCUUUCUUAUUUUGUACAGAUAAUUUCCCUUUUUGUAAUCAAUUUUUGUUGGCAAAGUUUUAAAUUAAAGUUUUAAUCUCUGUUACUGUC